AAUAUGGUGCCAUGUAAUAUACCAGAGUCUGUUCUGCUUGGUUCAUACUUAGGGGUUGUAGCCAGAGAUCCUAUUUUGGCACCGAUUUCAUUCUCAGAUUGGCGCAAUAAAGGCUUGGAACCAUUUAAGAAGAAAAUGCCAAAUUUGAGUUCCCUGCAAGUAUUAAGCAUUGGAUACUACAAUCUCUUGGUGUGAAGUGGCGCAAUUAUAAAACUAAUUUGAAAGCAGAGCACUGGGAUAGUAGGCCAAUAGAGGAGAUCAUGGAGGAUGUCCCUGCAGGAGUAGACCCAGCGCAGUGGUCUCAGCUUGUUAGUAAGUGGUCACAACCUCAGGACAAGGAGAGGGCAGCAAGAAAUGCAGAAAAUGCCAAAAAACAAACAUGUCCACAUACGAUGGGUCGGGUGAGCUCCGUAAGGAGACAACAAGAAACGUGUAUACAAGAUCGCCUAUUAUUAUGGAAAAUCAAUCGCACUCGUAAAGAUGGGUCAUGGUCAUCUGAGGAGGCCAGACAAAAAUGGCAGGUUGCUCCAUGUGUAUCAUCUCCGAUGGGAUUUACAAGAGGAUCAUGACUGCCAACUCCAUUCUAUAUUUGUUUUUAGUUAUAUGGAGAAGGGAUGCUAUGAUUAUAAAUAUGAGAUUUAUGUGUUCUACUCAAAUAUGUGUGUUGGUUGAGUGUGAAUUCUUCAAGUACAGUGUAAGUGAUGACUACUUGGAUA